AUGCCGUCAGGAACCGAGAAUACGGCUGCUAAGCCGUCAACACAGGUUGCCGAUGCCAAGGUGGCGGAGCCACCGAAGGAGGCCGACGGCGGCGAAACCGGCCGCAAAGAGUACGCGGUGUUAGACCUCCACUUGAACCAGUUCCUAUCGUUCAUAGCAGAGGAUUAUUCGUUUCUGCCCUGCGCUAUUUACAAGCCACGCAUCGAUGUGUAUCUGGAUGGAAAGCUCAUGUACAAAAGCCGAGUACUAGCCCAUGAAGACGACAUCUUCGGCAACGUUAUCCGUCUGCGAGUAUAUUCGCCUAACUCGAUGUUGACACUGAAGCUUUACGAGUGCGUGCAGCUGCGGUUGACUGAGAAGUGCGUGGACGAGCUCAUCCGUCCGAUGCUGAGGAACGAGCCCACGGAUGAGGUGCUGAUAUCCUGGUGCAACAUCGAGCUGGGCUUGUUGGUGCCCGCUCAGCGUUACGACAUGGUUUGUGCGUUCCGUGUUAACCCCAUGUUUGUACAUUACAACCCCGGUGGGAUAUUGUACUAUCCUACAGUUAAUGGGAAGCCGUUCAUCGAGAACAAGCGCGUCUGCUGUGCAUGUCGCGUCUGCGUUUUUCUCGCGUCAAACACGCUGACGGUCCACGAGAAGGUGUUGAACAAGUACUUCGACUUCCGCUGUGACUCGCACGAAGUGCAGCUCCCGAGGCGCUCAUCCUCGAAAGACCACAUCGCUGCAGGCAUGUCAGAAAGUGAUGGCAUAAAGGGCGGGUCUAAUUUUGCCCGGUCAUUAGGUCGUAAGGAACUCGAUUCUGUGAAAGACUUUAAAAACGACCCUGAACCUGUGGUUAAGAUGAUGAGAGAAAAGAACUAUUCGAAGGAGAGGCCCGUCUACGACAUACCGCAAGAGGACAGCAAGUUGGAGACUUUUGAGAUGAACGUGAAGAAAAUUUUCUUUACUCAGGAAAAUUGUACGUGCUGCCGGCUCGUUGAAGUACCCAAGCACCUGCGUGGCAUAAACUACAGCCCCUGCCCCUGCUGCCACGACUACCAGGUUUGCUGCGAGCACUCCCUUGAGACCUACUAUUAUACGUCUAUAUCGCUGAAGUUGGUGUCAAAGUCGCCUAUCGAUUUCAAGACGGAGCUCAUGGCUUUGAUGGACGUCCCACCGGGAAGCCCCAAUGAUUCACACGAACGGAACGAUUCGCUGUGUUCAAUCGUGACGCGUGCGUACGAGCUCCAAGAUCAGUUGAAGAUGCUAAAUCGUCACCUCGGUUUCUCCGAGGGUAGUGAGGCGCACCAGCAGUACUUCUACGUGUUUGUUGCUAUUAUAAUGUUGGGGUUUAUUCUAGACGGGAAGACCCUCACGGUGUCAUGCUUCAUGCUCGGUUUCAUCACCAUGUACUUGCACAAUACGUCGUUGAAACAGUACCAGCACGACUUCGGUGACGUCAUUGAGGCCAGCCGGCGUCUUACCCGAAGCGGUCUGGGCCUCGAGAAGACCAUUCGCGACAUGGUCGAGGAAGAGGAGCCGACAACCGCCAUAGAACCUGAAGACAGGUACCAGCGCAACAUGAAGUGCGUAUCGAAGCAUGAUUUUAUUGAUGACGUAAAGUUAUUUUCGAAGUUGAACACCUCGCUCAACCGAAAGGAGAACAUUUCGAUCAAGACUAUGACGCUGCUUUUCAGUUCGAGUAUUCCGAAGAAUCUGCGCAGCACUCUGGUGACGACGAUUGAGUAUUGCGAGUCUUUCGUGUGGUGGGUGAAUGCAGUUCUGGCUGUGAUCCGUUGUUUCGGUCCUUAUCUCUGCUGCUUCUUCUGCGUUAUGGGCUUCCUGAGUCUGCGCUACGCGUUCUGGAUGAAGUGCUGCAUCAAGGCAGUGCUGGUCCUAUGCUGCACCUCCGCGCUGGUGGAGGAGCACUCCGUCGUUCGGCGCCGAUUCACGCAGCUUCGGCAGCUGGCGAAGUACCUGGCGAUGCGCAUAUACAGGCGCGAGUGGUUCCUCAACGCUAACUCUUUCCCUUAA